UGACGGCUAGCCACUUUCACCUAAACCUCUACACUGGAGAGCGGGAGGAGAGUGAAGACACCGUGAUGCUGCGGCCGGGACUCGGAGGCACUCGCUCGCUGUUCUAUCCGCAUCCCCUCGCCCGUUUCUGUGCGUAAAAGUUUCAGGACUUAAGUCUACCUGGUGCCCUAGUGCUAAUAAGGACUGGCUGUAACCUUUAUAUUUGAAUGGGACGUGAGAUUAAGACUAGUUUUACAAGCAGUUCGUGCAUUCGGGUCCCGGACAUUGUGUCGCGGACCUGACUGGACCGGGACUUGGACCAUCUCUUCAUAUUGGAGACAGAACCAACAGGACAGUGGGCAGAGGAUACGCUCUCGAUCAGUCCUCUGGAGAAGGUUUGCUGGAUUGCACGGUACUCCAGCUAUCAUCUGUCAAGUUCAGUCCUGUGCAUGAGAUGUCUCCAGCCGCCUCGCUGUCUCACAAGAAGGCUUCGCUCCUCCGCCGCAGACAACAUCCCCCAGAACCAAGAACCCACUGUACAGAUUUCUGUGCGUGGGUUACUCGAUAUGGGCUUUACCGACACCCAAGCAGAACACAUUUACGAAACAGUUGGCAAAAGCAGAGGAGAAAGUACUGCAAAACACACGUUAUCAACGCUGUCAGCUUUGAUUGUCCUUGGCCUUAAUCCAACAAGUGUCCUGAAGCUGUUAGAAAAAUGUCCAGAGUUAUACAGUAUCAAGGAAGCACAGUUGCAACAGCGCAUUUCAAAUCUCAGAAAACUAGGCCUUCUUGAAGGCAGCCUUCAGAGAGUAGUGGCCUAUCACCCUCAGAUCUUGACCAUGAAGGUGAAGAAAAUCAACAACAUGGUAAUGUUUCUUAAAGAGAAGUGUCUCUUUACAUCGCAACAGGUCACAGAUAUUCUUCGAGAAAGUCCAGCUAUAAUACAUGAGGACUUGGCGCAGAUUCAGUACAAGUUUCAGUAUGUUUAUUUUCGAAUGGGAGUCAAACAGGCUGAGAUGGUCAAGUCCAGGCUGUUCCGUUUUACUCUGGAUGAAGUGCGGAAUCGUCACUGUUUUCUGGAGCGGAGGGGACUUUUUGAAACCCCUGACAAAAAAGGACAGACCACUAUUAUCAACCCCAAACUUAGCAGCAUCCUCAAUGUGGAUCAAGACAUGUUUCUUACUCAAGUGGCUAAAGCUACACUCGAAGAGUAUGAUGUUUUUCAGAGACUAAUGGCAAGAGAAUAUCAAAAGGAAGAGCACCUGGUGGACUUGGACAGCAUCAUUGAUGAUGACGAGGAUGUGAAGGAAGAAGUGGGAAAUAAGGGGAAAAUGGGAUACAUGAAGAGGAAAAAGAAGUUACAUCAAGAAACCUAAAAUAUAAUUUUUAAAAUAUAAUGAAUUUAGAUGAUAAGUCUUCCUUAAUAAAUUUAAAUUACCAAAACUAGUAAA